AUGCACCCAAACAAGUGUUUGCAAAAGGAUAAUGAUGCUAUGGCCUUGAAUUCAAAUACGAAGGCCAAUUUUCCAUCAAAUUGUAAUUUGGAGAAUGAUGUAAUUAUCAGAAACCCAGAAAACUGUGAACUAGCUCGAAAUUGGUUUCUUACGAUGCAGAAAAAUACAGUCAAAAUUACACAAGUGGAAUUAUCUAUUCCUUCUAGUCUAUUUAAAUCGCUUUUCAAUCCAAAACAACGUUUGAUUGAACCAAUCAUGAAAGAAUGUGGAAGAUUCAAUAUUUAUAUUUCAAAAAACAAGACAAACCCUCAAAAAAUCAUUAUUAGGGGCCCUGCAGAAAAUAUUGAAAAGGCAAAGAAAAAAUUUCUGCAGUUAUUGGAAGAAGAAAAAGCCAAGAGUUAUUCUAUAGUUAUCCCUGUCAAGUCAAAAUAUCACCAGUUUCUUAAGAAUAAAAAUGGUGGCAAUCUUCCCAGUACAUGUGUAAAAUUUGGGGUACGUGCUAUUUUCCCUACCCUUAAAAAUAAGGAGCAGGACUUGGUAACAAUCAUAGGGAAAGAGGAAGAUGUUAAAGGAGUACAAAAAGAGCUAGAGCUUAUGUUGAAAGACUUAGAGUAUGUGGUAGAGGACAGCAUAUUGAUAAAUCGUAAGUUUCACCACUAUUUUGUCAUGCGAAGGGACCAGCUUAUACGAGAAAUGACUGAAGUGUAUGCUGGUAUAAUUAUUAACUUUAUGCAUGAAGGAAAACAGAACAUCAGAGUUACAAUGAAAGGAGAAAAAGCUUGCGUUGAAGCAGCAAAGAAACACAUCCAGCAGAUUUUUGAGCCUGUGGGGUCUCACGUCACAACACAAUACGUUAUUCCUCAGGAGUUUUAUACUUUUUUCAUGGGACCAAUGUGUUCCAGAGUUCAGCAAAUUGCUAGGGAUUAUAAAGUUAAAUUCUCAUUUUCAGACAAAGAAAAGCCAAGUAUGUAUAUACAUCCAGUGGUUCAGGAAACUGGGAAAGAAAAGGGAGGAAAGAACACUAAAGAAGUUUUUAGUAACCUAAGGAAAUGUAAGACCAUAUUUAUCUCAGGGCAAAUGGAAAAUUGCAAAGCUGCCAUGGAAGCUCUUGAGUAUCUAAUUCCUUUCACUGAUGAAGUCCACAUGCCUUCUCAUCUACAUCCUUACAUCAUUGGGCAGAAUGGAAGUGGGAUAAAGAAGCUAAUGAGUGAAUUUGAUGUUCAUACUCAGGUAUUAAACUCUGGAGGCAAUUCUGAUAUCAUAUGCAUAAUGGGUCUUGCUGCAAAGGUGGAGCAAGCUAAGAUUAAAUUGGAAAAGCAAAUCAGUGCUUUACAAACAGAAAUAGAAGAUCGAGCACUAAGAAAUUUUAAGCUAAUGUUUAAUCUAGAUCCAAAAUACCAUUCCAAGAUCACUGGACAUAAGGGCUUGCUUAUUGCUCAGAUUUGCACAGAGCAUGGUGUUACUAUCCAUUUUCCAAAAAAAGGAAACCAUGAGAUACAAGACCAAAUAAUAAUUAUAGGCUAUAAAGAGAACACCUUAGCUGCUAAAGAUGCAAUAAUGAGAACGUUAUACAGGAUAGAAAAAACAGUUUUUAAGGAAAUCACACUAAACCACCAGGUUCGUGACAAGAUUAUUGGAUAUGGUGGAAAAAACAUCCAUAAAAUUAUGGAAGAAUUCCAUGUUGACAUCCGUUUACCUCCAAAAGGAUCCUGGAAUCCCAACAUCACAGUGAUUGGACUCCCUUGCAAUGUUGAGGCAGCAAUUGACCAUAUCAGUCAUCUUGAGAAAUAUUACCUUUCUGCUGUCAUAAAAUAUGACUCUCGUCUGGAUAAUCUUAGGAACACCUGUCUUUACAAAAUAACCAUGGGGUCGUCUAAGUGUUUUAUGAAAAGCGAUGUUCCUCGUAAUGCAAAACCCACACCAAACUCCCCAAAUGAUGAUUGUGAAGAUUUCCAAAAGUCGAAACAACAGGCCCCUAAUAAGAUGCUUCCUUGGAAACCAUAA